AUGAAUUUAGCCGAAUCCGAGUCGCUCCGGCCGGUUCUCGGCCCUGCCGGAAACACCGCCAGAUCGGUCACCGAGUCGCGCAAACCGGUCACUAAGCAACCCACCAGAAUGGACAAGAAGUCUCUGACAUUGUCGGAGAUCAGUGAAGUUAGGGGGAAGAAGUCUCCGACAUUGUCGUCGGACUCGAAGCUGAUGCCGUCGAUUCCGAGGAAGCAGCGGGGAGGGGAUAAGGUGUUCAGGCCGAGCUUGUCGAUGAACGCUUCGUGCUCGUCGGAUGCUUCGACUGAUUCGUGUCAGAGUCGAGCCUCGACUGGGAGGAUUGUGAGGAGGAGUGUGCCCAAUUUGAGGAAGCAGUCUGCUCCGAGGAUCGGUGGGGGUGAGGGAGGCAAUGUGGAUGCCCUCGAAGCGGUUGAGAGCUCGUUUGAUGGUUCAUUGAUGAAGAAACGUGUAUCAAAAAGCUCUCUUACAAAGCUCUCUAGACUUGAUAUUCAGAAUGAGCUGAAAUCCACUCAAAGGCAACUCUGGGAAGAAAUGACUUUGCCAAGUGUCAUGGAAAAUGAUGAUAAUGAACUUCCUUUUGAUCAAGAUUCUACUGAUUUUGUUGAGCGUAUAAAGAAAGUACUUGAAGACUCGAGAGAGAUGUGCAAAGGAAUCUAA